UGUCGCGCUUGCUUUGAACACGCCACCUCCCCUGCUUUUCAUCUCGGUUUUCGUCGCAGAGCGGUUCGCUCACGCCCCACGCGCCCAAGCCCAACCCACCACCGUCAAUCCUCACAAGUCACAAUCCCCCGUCCCCCAACCCAAAACCCUCGUUUCAUCGGCGGCGAUUCCCCAUCUCCUCUGCGUGCCGCCGGGGAGCGCUCGAUUCCGGCCGUCGUUGGCUUGGAAACCUAUUCGAGGAUGUGAUUAAUGUACAAGUGGACAAUUUCUUUGCGCUUUGCAACACGUUGGAGAAAUGGCCCUAAAUGUGGAAUAGCUUUCAUAAUUGAUAGCUGCAAGGCCUGCUUGAUCUUCCGCGUAGCACAUAUAUGAGCCAGUUAGCUGGUGCUUGCAUCACGAAAUGAUCCUUAAUCAGUUGCACAGAAGAGAAUCAACUUAGCUACGGUGGAAUUACUAUCUCUGUGAGGAAAGUUGUAGGUUUUUUUCUGUUCAUACAAACAGAAUAAAAUUUCCACGUCAGUCAGAUAGUCACCCAACUAGAUUGAGAUAUUAUGGAUUUCAACAAAGCCUGCAAGGGAUCAUGCGAAUGUGAAAAGUGGGAGUUUGGCAAGAUUGGAGAGGAAAAAAAUAAACAUUAUGAAUCUGAACUAGAAGAAGGUGAGGUCAGAGAGGCAGAUGAGGCAUCCGGAUUAGAAAGCCCUAUCCAGAAGGGCAUAGCUGCAAGUGUUGCACAGGAGCAGGCCCAUAUAAGGCAGUCAGCUUCACCGCAAAGAGCUUCUCAUAAUUUAGAGACUGCAGGUAUUGUGGUUUUGCAACAUAGAGUGAUCCACGAACACAUGUCCCCAAGCAUUGUACGCUCAUUUGUGCAAGAUGUGUUUGAAAAAGGGAAGGCCCUUAUGAGGUCAUCAACUUCACCUGAAAGAGCUUCCCGUGAAGGAAGGAGUGCAGGUAUUAAUUUUGUGCAGCAGUGUAAGCGUAGUGCAAUCUGCGAGGGCAUGGCUGCAAGUCUUAAAGAGUCAAGCACAUCUUCUCAAGUGGUGGUUGAGGAGUCAUCAACUUCAGCUGAAAGAGGUUCUCGCCUGGGAGGGACUGAAUGUACUGCUGUUGUGCAACAAUCUAAGUAUGCUGCAUCUGAGGGUCGAUAUGUUAAUGUGAGUCAGUCAAGUUUGCAUAGAAAAUAUGGGAACCACCGUCGAAUCUAUUCACCAUCUAUCUAUAGUAGUUCAAAAGAAAGACAUAAGAGAAGGAAGGAGGGAUGUUUUGGAUACUCUGAUUCCCAUCGGGUCAUGAAAAUGAUUGAGGAAGUUUAUUCAGAAAGGUCCAGAACACUACUGUUACUGCAGACUAAAGAUCGGAAGAAAUUCAACAAUUUGCAAAAAAAGCAGGAGGUAAAGUUCUUCCAAAAACAUGUGAAUUCUUAUAAAUUCCACUAUGCACAUGUUGCACCAACUGUAAGAUAUUGCAGGAUGAUGUUGCCUAAGCUACAUUUCAGCAUUUUGCGCGACAGAUUUCAUCGACAUAUGAUAUCUCAACUGAUAAAAUUUUGUAGACAGCAUAUAAGUGACAGGGACAAAGAGUAUAGAAUAAAAGAGCGCUGGAUAUUUGAGGCCAAAGCUGGCUACCUUAAGAAAUGGUUCUAUGUAACUGACUUGACAUAUUCUAGAUUCACGUGGGAGAAUCUAGAAUGCUGUAUGGCUGACUAUUCAGAUGGUGAACAUCAUCUAAAAUAUUUUGACAUGCAAUCUAUAACCACUCAAAUUGAAGCGAUUGCCUGUAAUAAAGAACCUAGAGGCACCUUUGCAACUGAUAUUACUGAGCCCAUUCCAGGAAACUCACGAUCAUUGCUUGAAACUAAUGAACAUACGAAGCUCGGGUUUUCAGUUGGUGUAGCAGAAGAAAUGGCCACCUUAGAAAGCAGGUCUUCACAGUACACCUGUGCUCCCUCGAUGGAGUUUUGUCAUGAAAAUCGGACACAAACUACCUUCCUGGCACCAGAUCAAAGCGAGGGAGGAAAUGUGGAGAGACCCUCUGCUUGCCAGCUUGACGUGAGUGCAGCACUAAAACCUGCUAAGACACUGACAACAGGCAAGGCAAGUGAUGAUUGCGAGCCUAUUCUAGAGCACUCACAAUUGCUGCUUGUGACGAAUGGAGCUACAAAGCCUGGAUUUUCAGUUGGUGUAUCAAAAGAAAUGGCUACCUUAGAAAGCAGCUCCUUGCAGGUAACCAAUGUGUCAGGAAUGGAGUUUUGUGAAAAAGAUGGGACGCAAAUUAUCUUCUCAGCAGCUGACAGCAAUGAGGGGCGAAACACGGAAAGCCCCUGUGCUUCUCGGUUUGUAACGAGUUCAGCAUCAGGACCUGUUAUUGCAGUGAGCACUGAUACAGAAAAUGCUGCCGUGAUUCCUAGAGAAAAACGAAGGCACACAUGUUCAAGCAAUGAUAUUUCAGAAGGUCCAUGUUGCAGGUCAGGGAGAAAGUUAGGUGAAAAAGAUGGGACACAAAUCUCCUUCUCACCAGCAACGCAAAUUGCCUUCUCAACAGCAGCACAAAACGAGAGGGAAACAAUGGAGAGCCCCUGUGGUUCUCAGUCUGUCAUGAGUUUAGCAUCAAAACCUACUAGUGCAGUGGGCAAUGACACGGAAAAUGCUGCCUCGAUUUGUAGAGAAAAACGAAGGCGCAUCGUUUCUGGCAAUGAUGAUAUUUCAGAAGGUUCAUGUUGCAGGCCAGGGAGAAAGUUUGGUGACAAAGAUGGGACACAAAUCACCCUCUCAUCAGCAACACAAAAUGAUGGGGGAGACAUGGAGAGAUCCUGUGCUAUACAUUCUGACACAGAUGCGGCACUAGAACUUGCCAUGACAGUGAACACUGAUUCAGAAAAUGCUGCAUCUGGUUCUAAUGAAAAGCAACUGGCUGUGAUAGUGAACACUGAUUCAGAAAAUGCUCCAUCUGUUUCUAAUGAAAAGCAACUGGCUGUGACAGUGAACACUGAUUCACAAAAUGCUCCAUCUGUUUCUAAUGAAAAGCAACUGGCUGUGACAGUGAACACUGAUUCACAAAAUGCUCCAUCUGUUUCUAAUGAAAAGCAAAAGCACAUGAAAUCAGGCAAUAAUAUUUCAGAAGGUUCAUGUUCUAGGUCUCAGAUAAAGCCUACGUCGAACCUUUUCAGAACAACAUUGCGUCAAGAGGAACUUCCAGCUGCAAGAUCACCUUCACCUUCAGCUGAUAAUAGACAAGUUGUUCAAGCUGAGGAUAUAAGCAGCGAGGAAGUACCUUGUAGUCAAGUACCUUCCUUUGCACAAGUUACCGAGCAGUCAAACAUGCACUUCAAUACCCAAAGUGUGAUGAACCAUCAUCAUUUCGGUUCAACUUGCCAGAUUGCUACUCCUCCAUAUUCACCACCUUGUGGGGAUACUCAUUCAUCAAGAAUUGAGGUUGACAGUGUUGGGGCAUCACAUGUUCAUCCAACGUCAGCCAAUCAGAUGCCAAUAGACUCCACUCCUGGGCCACGUUUGUCUGAAGAUGGGCUUGAUUCAAUUCACAGUCCUAGGGCAUCACAUGUUCAUCCAGCUUCAGCCAAUCAGGUGCCAACAGGCUCCCCUCCUGGGCCAUCUUUGGCUGAAGAUGGGUUUGACUCGGAUAUAUUUACCAUUGAGUUGAGUCGAUUACAAAAGUUGGCUAAUCUGAUAACAAUGAGGCAUCAGGAGAAGAUAGAACAGCUUAAUUUGGCACGUGGAAUAGAGUUGGCUCAAGCUAAAAGGAAGUAUGAUGGGCUGGAAUAUAAUUUAGAGGUAGAAACAUUACAGAGAAAGAGAGAACUUAAGACAAAAGCUGAUAAAAUGUACAAACAGCAGAUAUUGGCUGAGGUAUUACAGGUUGUAUUUAAGGCCUCUGCUAAAGUUGUUCCAGACAGUCCUAGAGGUGCUACCCAGGAAACCAUGGCAGGGCCUAGUCGGCGGGCAGACCAGGGUAGUUUCCACAUUCCUGCACCUGUUUUAGCCCCUGAAUCAUCAACAGGCGCGUCCCUCAGACAGCAUCGUGUGACCACGCAACGCACUGCUAUGGACUGGAUGAAUCAUCCAAGUUGUGGCACAUGUAAUAGACCAGCAUAAACUGGAAGUGUCUGCUUAUUGCCAGCAUCUGUUCAUUUGUGAAUUCGCUGCCGGCAUCUGCUCCUGGCUGUGGGGGCUGCGAGCCUGGAGAAACAGUGCAGCUGUUCAUUUGUGAAUUCGCUGCCGGCAUCUGCUCUUUGAACAAAUCAUGCUGCCUGUAAGCCUACCGUUGGAGUUGUGUUGUGUGUACAUUUAGAAUUCAGAGCUUCCAUCUGUGCCAUGCAUACUUAAAUGAGAAGUAGACCCGAGAUUCUUUCAUUUGGUAUAGCUGGAUGGUAGCGAUUCAUGUCUGUUGAUGUUAAAAUCUGCAUCCUGAAAACAUGGUUGAAUUUAUGGUUGGACUCCAGAGUCGUAAUUUUAUCAGGAGAGAUCAUCUGGUGAGCAUUACUGAUCUGGUUCAAACAUUACCUGGUGCAAACUUUAUCUUGUUCAAAUAUUAUUUUUUGAAA